AUGGUAUCUUCCAGGGGAGAUGCACUCGAGAUUUUGCGAGGCGGCCCCCAUCCAGACGCCUCACCAAGUGCUUCUGGCCAUGCCCAUCCAGUUGUCGAUAAUUGCGUUGCCCCUCCUCGGCCACAGUCCAUUGUGCCCUGGAAUGGCGGUGGACGCAGCAGCACCUCACACUCGCCGCUGCUAGCGGUGUUGCUCGUCACCUCUUCAUCCCGUGGAUCCCACGUUGCCUUUCGCUGGCCGCGCAAACCACGAGUGUUGAAGCGGCAUUCCAGAGUCCGGUACUAUGCAGCGGAAGAGGAAGAGGAAGAGUUACAUUUCAGCAAGCCCGACAGUCACGAUCAAGAUAUCCUUCUGCCAAGAGGACAUCGAAACCAGGCCUUCAGCACGGUCCAGGACAAAGCUACAGCCGUUAGAGCAGCCGAUCUUCCGCGACAAGGAAGGCGUGAAACGCUGGGUCGCCUCGGUGUCAAUGGUUUGGACGCAGCUCUCACGGUCAGCGAAGUCGACUUUGAGCAGCAUCAUGAACAUUUGGGUGCUUUCUGGAGCGACGAUCAAGGCAGCAUCACGAGCCCGUCUGAAUCAUCCAUCUCAUCGUCUUCCAACGAGGCUGAAACCGGCAGUGGAGAAGAAAAAACUGCGGUGGGCAGCUUGGGGGCCAGUCUUCGUGUCUCUAUUUCUGGGCCCGGCCUUGCAGCCAGCAUGGGCUCAGCGAGUGCGGUUCGACGAUAUUCACGCUCCACGCCGGCUCAAACGCGCUCGAAGCACCCGGCUGCUUCGAAUCGGCCUCGUUGGGAAGUCGAGCAAGACUCGCGCCGCGAAUCGGAUGCUGGAGGCUCAGACGUCGGCGGCGGUAGCUCGGUCCCCAAUACCAACGACGAAGAAAGACCGGCCAGUCGAGAACGUGACCGGGACCGUGAGCGCAAUAUCCGCGCACACAAGAUGUACCUCGGCUACGAAUGCGAUUUUCUGGCAUCCUUACUCAGUCCAAAGCAAGACCUUUGCCACCAGAAGUUCGAGAUGGUCAUCGACGACUUAGCGUUUGUCGGCCAUCCUGUCUCGCUGGAUCAUUCAGAAAUGGACGCGGCGGAAGAUGAAUUCGAGCAGCGAGGACGCAAAGAAGGAAGACGCGCCGAUGACUUUGGUGCGCCGCAAGAGCAUUCUUCAGGCGCUUGCGAAGGGCGGCUACCCAAAACCAAGCUCGACUUGUUCCACCUCGUCCUCGUUGUGGAUCGGCCCGAUCCGUCUGCUGGUACGGCAGUGCUCGACCUCACGUCCUAUCUUCAGUUCUUCUACGACAAUGUCGUCUUCAAAAUGACAGCCGCGCUGUAUGCGGAGCAGCUCCGCGUCAAUUAUAUUUCAGAAGAGGCAGAGAAGCUCGUUGCUUUGAGAGAACGCUGCAUCGACGAUGGCCAAUCACUCUCCGCUUAUACUGCGCAAUGCCUCGGCAUGUCAUCGCUAGCAAGCUCCAUUCGAGACUUGUACGGUUCGUUGUCCGCCUCCUCGGACGCGUUCGUCACCAUCAAUGACAGCAUCGAGGUCCAUCUACAACUCCCGCCCAUUCUUCGCUCGAGUGCCCAGCUGCUAAAAUUGCCAGAUGUCGAGACAGAUAUCGACCCGCUCGACCCGCUCUUCCUCAGCGGAGGCGGCUUCGCUGGCCUGGGUAGGGAUCCCGCGUCCUUGGCGCGUUUCAUGGACUUGGAGCCGGAUGACUUGCUCUACGAAGAGUGGACGCGCACAACAGGCGCUUAUCUGCUACCAUGGAAGACGUUGCUGCUCAUGAAUGACUGGCAUGAUGACAACGACGUGGACCUUCCUCCUGGACCCUUCCGAUACGAGCCAGAACAUGGCAAAAACCGAAGUCCUGACGGCGUGGGCCUUGAACCGUGGGCGCGCAAAUUUACGAGGCUGCUGCAACCGACUCUGGCCGGCAUUCCUACGUUUGCCGAGCUUGCCGAUCUGCUUGGGUGGGACUUGUAUGAGGACGUCUAUCCCAUGGCGCGGCAUUUGAUCUACUAUGGCGAGGCCAAAGUCGUCGACGUGCCACGCCUCAAGAGCAUGUAUGCCAAUUCACCCCUGCUCGAGCUUUCAGAUCUCCCCGAGCUCAGCAUCAUAUGGGCCCAGACAUUUACUGAACUUGCGCCGCUCCCUGCUUUCCUGGCAAGCCUCUCGCAAACCGUACAACCAUACAGCAAGCUUCCGGACUUUCAAGACGGUUCUGUUAGCAAAGCGACGAGCCUGCAAGCUCUCAUCUGGCUUCUGCGUGAGGAUGUCAUAGUGCACAUGCACGUCCGCCUGCGUCUGAUUGCGCGCAGUGAGAUCAAGGUUAAGUGGAAACAGCAAAAACAGGAAGCAGAUGAGGAGCGACGUAAGGCGAAGCAGAACAAAGAACAAUCUUCUGUGGCAGAGAACCGCGGGGAUUCCGGGCGCAAGAUCCGAAAGGAGCCCUCGGGCGAGAGUUCCGAUUCUGUACACGCUGUGCGAGGCCGCACUCGUGCGAGGUCACGGUCCGUCGACGCAAGUCCAGACCGUUUCCAGACCCCAGGCUCUUGCGUGGCAAUCACAGAAACACUUUCGAAAUCCGGAACUGGCGACGGGAAACUGCCAGAUGAAGCACUGCGGUUUGAGAGACGAGCGGUACUUCGAUCGCGAUCCCCGUCAAACUUGAUCUCCGAACUUCAACUUGGUGAUGUGUCCAAGGAGGCGGGAGUCAGAGGUCGAAGGCGCUACAUGCAGGACCCUGAAAAAGUAGCCGUGGGAUCUUACGGAACUGUUUUCAGCGAGCCAGCCAUGCGUGACCGCACACCUGUCGGUAGGCCGGCUCGGGCGUUGUCACGCAAAGGAAGGAGUCCUUCGAGAGCAAGGAAGACCAUCAAAGGAUUCGGAGAAGGCGAACAAGUCGCAUACGAUGAGGCCGAAAUGUCGCCCACACCUCAGGAAAAUAAAGGAGAUCGCACAUCGCCGCUUCUAAAGCUCAGAGAGAGAAACGGCAAGGAGCCGUUGUUGGAGGAGCAGGAAGACGGAUCGGUCUCGGCCGUGGAGGACGACAGCGAUGACGAAUGGGUUUCCGCCAGCACUGAAGCCACGCUCAUAGGCGAGCCGAGCCGCGCGAGCAGGCAGGAAAAUGAGUGGAUCGCAGUGAUGGCAGAAGACAAAGAGCCGUGGCUAUCGCAGCGAUUCAAUCGCUUGCUGCCAUACCUGAAUGGCAAGCAUACCCUUGAUGAAAUCGCUUACCGCGAAGAAAUGCGGAGAAGGGAGCUUAAAAUUGUUCUUGAAGCCUUCAGAGCGGACAUCAUCACGUUCUUACACCCUUAA